AUGCUCGAAGACUUGCUGCGGCAACAACCGAGACGCUCACAGCCCAGUCCAGCAGCUGAGCCCCAAGACCAAGCCGACGACGCGGCGACUCCCACAAGUGGCAAUGCUGGGGCCCGGGAUCUCACUCUGUCGCCAAAUGACGGUCCGGCUCACGGUGACCAUGACCAUGGUCAUGAACAUGUACCUGCACCAUAUCAUCAAUCGUCGGUCAUGAAUGGCUGUCCGCCCAACGGCAACGGCAACGGCAGCACGCUGGCCAUAUCGCCUCCUGAACGCUCGAUGGAUGGGCGGUCGACCCAUUCAUCCCACAUCUCCCUGAGCUCACCCAACCACAGAAAGCCGGUGGUGGCGCAGCUGGUCGUCACGGUGGACAGUGUAGGGAGAAAGGGCAAUGUCGGAGACCAAGGUGAUGGAUCGACCGCAGAAGUCGCCACCACCACAGUGUAUGAGUCCAGAGGGCAAAGACGCCAGAUCGACCGGUUAUUAGAAGAGGUGCCCCCGGCCACCGAUGACUAUCUACUCGCUCUCUUUUUCGAACACGGUAACACGAUGCUGCCCGUGGUACAUGAAGAAGCAUUCUAUCGUGACAAAGCUGCCGGCCGAACCCGCUGGUACAAUGGCUUCCUCCACAUCUGUAUCCUGGCCAUGGGUCUUCGAUAUGCCGACCGAUCCAGGCCAGAUGUGAUGCGACUCAUCCUGCCCAAUCGAGAGAGUACGCUGCAUCGGGGCGCCACAUAUCUCGUCGAGUACGAACUACAAUGUCGAGGCGGAAUCCCAUCCGUGCAAGCAUUGCUCUUAUUAGGCGAUCUAGAGGCGGCCUGCGGGAGGGACAACACCGGAUGGAUGUACGGAGGAAUGGCCAUCCGGCUGUGCUUCGACAUUGGCUUGAAUCUCCUUCCGACCAUGGAUCUCGCCUCAUGGGAAGUCGAAAGUUGGCGGCGGGCGCUGUGGGCAUGCUAUCUUCAUGAUAAGUAUUGGUCAUUCUAUUUGGCAAGGCCAACCAGCAUGAAGCGGUCGGACAUUGUGCCGAUCCCCAUGAAAGAUGAGGUGCAAGAUGCGAAGAUGACGAUCUUUUCGAACCUGAUCGCGUUGAUGGAGAUGAUCACCACCAUUGCAGAUAAUGUCGAAGAAAGCACCAAGCCCUCAGACGACGUCGCAUACCUAUAUGUAUCGGGAAUCUAUCGAAAGCUGAAGAAGUGGUAUGCCGAGCUCCCCGAAAACUUAAAAAGGACACCGGAAAACAUCCAGGCAGCGCCGCUGUCAUUCUUUCUUUUGCAUCAACAGUACUACGCCAGUCUGAUUCUGUUGUACCGGCCGUUCACUCACUACGAAGCGAGUUCCUCGUCGGAGAACGACAUAGUUAUGGAACAGAUCUCCUCCGUGUCGCGGGCGAUCUGCCUAGAAAGUGCGGUGGAAGUGGCCCGCAUCUUCCGCGAGUAUCGUCCGCGGUUCGACCUGAAGUUGGUCUACUUUAGUGCCGUGCAGCACGCAGGCACCGCGGCAACGGCUUUGAUCACCGGUCUCAAUCACAUAGAAGACGCGGCCAAGCGGGCCGAGCCCCUGCAAUGCUUGUAUACAUUGGCGCGAGCCCUGCAUGCCAUGUCUCCGGUCUACCAGCCGGCAGAAAGGAUGUCGACGGUUUUGGACCAUAUCUUUAGUAAAGCCGGAUGGACCAUCCCGAACCACCACCCGGCCGAGAUGAUCUCCACCAGGGGCCCCGGACCUCCGAGGAGAUCUCCGGCGAAACGUCCAGGUCCGGCUCCUUCCUCCUCGGCCACCACUGUGGAAGAAGACCAAUAUGCAAAGAGGGCUCGGGUCUCCAGACCAUCCUUCGUCACGGAACCCACGGCGGCGGCGGCGGCGACUGCUGCUGCUGCUGCUGCUGCUGCUGCUUCUCACACUACCGCUCAUGCUACUGCCAUGGCUAACGGUCAUGCUAAUAAUGUGACCGCGGCGGGUGGUGGGGCGAACAAUCAGGGUCAAGGUCAGGGGCAGGGGCAGGGUCAGGCUGGGUUUUCUCCGUUUUUGGAUCCAGCCCUGGGGAUGAGUUUUCCAGUUGAUUCAUAUUACGGCUCUCAGUCGCAGAAUGGCAAUCAUCAUCCAAGAGGACACGGACACGGACAAGGACAGGGACAAGGGCAAAUGGAUUCGGAUUUCCAGCCGAGUUUCCGCACCGACUACAUAGAGACAGAUUGGGACAUGAUUUUGGGCCCGCGCACCGCCGUGCCACGACGAGCGGGAUUUCUAGAUCUCAGCAGUGGCUUUGAUCAAUUGUUUCAAUAG